GAAUACGCCUUGGUAACUGUGAACAGCAAUUAUCUUUUUAGAAGAGGAAGAAGUGUAAAUAAAUUUCUGAAAACUAGAAUAUUUUUUGAUUGUUCAAAAUGAUUUGCCGUCUGUGCUUGGAGGAAUCAAAUAAUAUUAUGUACGAAUUCUUUUAUGUGGAUGGAGAAACCGAAGUUGCUAAAACUGUUGCCAAAUACUUUAACAUCGAGGUCCAGGCCGGUGAUACUAUUUCUAACAAAAUUUGCGAAACGUGUUGGCAAACUUUAUCCGAUUUCCAUCGGUUUUGGUUAAGUAUAAAUGAGAAGCAAAAAACCCUUCAAACGGAUUUAGUUUGUACUGAAAUAAAACCGGAUAUUGAUGCCCUUGAAACGAUAGAUUUCCCAGGAGCUAAUUUAAGCUCUCCCAUUGAUUCCAAAAGUAAUGAGUUGCGCGAGCCGGAAAUCGACAUGACCGUGUUACACCCUAAUGUGUUUGCAGAUGGACUAGAAUUUCAAGCAUCUAAAAUGGAAGAUUAUGAAACAUCAGUGGACCGGGAUUCAAUUUUUUCCUCAAUAUUGCAAUCGGACGAAGAUGUUCCUCUGACCGAAUUAAUGAAAUCUGGAAGUAAAACCCGUAAAAGCACUAAAAGGAACCCAAAAAAGAUAGUAUCAAAAAGUGAAAAUAGAGUUGUAAAAAAAACUAAGAGUUCUACGAAAAGAAUUAAACCGAGUAUUGAAAUGAGAGACAGUGAACAGCUAAAGUUAAAAGAAAAAGAAAAGGAGGACAGAAAACAGGAUGCUCAAGAAUUUAUACGAGAAUUGGACGUAUUCAUAGCAGAAAACACACAAUUAAGUUGUUGCCUGUGUUCGGCACCACUUAAAGAUUUCAAUGAAUUGAAGAAGCAUUUUCGUCUGGAACACAAUUGUGUGGGAUAUGUUCCUUGUUGCAAUAAUCGAUAUCGGAAACGAACAUUAUAUGUAGAUCAUCUGAAACUGCACAAAAACCCAGACUUUUUCAAAUGUACCCUUUGUAAUAAACAAUUAGCCAGUCGGAACAACUAUCAAAUUCAUAUGGACACAAUGCAUCCCGACGCUGAAAAAUUGUUUUAUUCCUGUAAAUUAUGUCCCCGCAAGUUCGUCAAACAAUAUAUUUUAGACUAUCACAUCAAGUCCAGCCAUACGACAGAACGUAAUUAUAUUUGCAAAACUUGUAACAAAGGAUUCACCCAAUCAGCAGUCUUAAGGCAGCACGAAAAGGCAGUCCAUUUGAAUACCUAUGACUCUGUAUGUGAUGUAUGCGGGAAGUGUCUUAAAACACAACAGAACCUCAUUACCCAUAUGGAAGCAAUGCAUAGCACAGUACCGCGUCCGGAAGAACAAUGUAAAAUUUGCCUGAAGUGGCUGAAAAAUGCACGCUGCCUAAGAAAACACAUGAUUGUACACCGUGAUCAAGCUUCCGGACAAGAAUUUAGGUGCACGCAAUGUGGUAUGGAAAAGGCGACUCGGCAUGCUCUUUCCGCGCAUAUACGGUAUUAUCACACAGAUAAAGUUUUUACAUGCGCAAUGUGUAACAAAGAAUUCAAAAAUUCACAGGCUUUAAGGGAGCAUGAGACAAUGCAUACUGGUACACAUUUAUAUACCUGUUCAUUUUGCCCCAAGACGUUCAGAUCGCAUGGUAAUAUGCACAAGCAUAAGGUCAAUAAUCAUUCUAAUGUAUAUGUGCCUCACCGGUCGCAACCAAACGAAGUUACUAAAACCCUCCUAAAUAGAUUAUCAACCAAUGGACAACCGAGUUGAAAUUAAAGGCAACUAUUCCAUGCGAUAUAGCGUUACCUUAAUUCACAAAGGGCCUAACCAACACUUUUUUCGGAAUUUAAUUUUAUCACAGACUUUGGUGGG